AUGAGCCACGACAUGGGAAGCAUGGAUAGCGGCGGUGCCGCGUGCAAGGUGGAGAUGCUUUGGAACUGGAACACAAUUGAUGCGUGCUUCCUCGCCGAAUCAUGGCAAAUCCAGAACUCGGGCAUGAUGGUUGCCACCUGCAUCGGCGUCAUCCUGCUAGUCGUCCUUGUCGAGUUCUUCCGUCGCAUGGGCAAGGAGUAUGAUGCUCUACUACAACGGCAAUUCCACCGCCAGGCGACAACUCACGGCGUCGCCAUGGCCGCCGCGGGCUGCACCGGCGCCGUCAUGCCCACGCGGCAAACCCUCACCUACCGGGCCUCGCCUCUGCAGCAGCUGGUGCGCUCCGUCAUUCACGCCAUGACUUUUGCGGGCGCCUACAUCAUCAUGCUGCUCGCCAUGUACUUUAACGGAUAUGUCAUCAUCAGCAUCUUUAUCGGCAGCGGCCUGGGCAAGUUCUUUUGUGACUGGUUGGUGGUCAAGAUUGAUCUUGAGGGGCUGGAGGGUGACGAGAGCAAGCCCAAGGGCAUCGAGGAGACGACAGUCUGCUGCGGUUGA